UGCAUAGUGAUGUUGCCUUUUUCCCCUACAAGGCAUGUUUUCACUAUAUCCCUCGUAUAUGGCACAGGGAUUAAUUUCAUAGCCCUAAUUUAUCACUUCGCAUUUCAUUAAGCCUACUUAAUUUUACUGAUAUCCUAAACGGAUGGAUUCCAUUUCCAUAGUCUACUUGCGUUUAUUUUAGCGAGUUGGAUCACCACCGCAAUCUGAGUUGUGCCCUCUACUCAAGGCAAUUCCCGUCAUGACCUGUCAACGCUUUCAAAUUCGCUAAAUGGCAUUUGCCUUUGCUACUUGUGUCCUCAAAGAAGUUAGACAUAAUUCGUUUUCGAAUCCUUUUCAUCAAAUGAAGACUACUGUGGGGAUUUGAUUUGGUUCUUCACUCACUCUUCUGUGCCUUGCGUAAACCUCAAGACGCUUGCUUCGAAGGCUUGCUGAUGGGGGCGGGCAAGAGUAAGCCCAAGGAGCCGGGCCAGCGCUCACUGAGUCUGGAUGGCACCAUUAGCACGGGCUCGGACAGCGGGCACCACCACCACCACCACCUCAACUCAGUCCAGCAGACCCAGACCCCCAACAGGAGUCCCGCCGUAGGGGGCGCCAGGCACGGCCACCACCCCGGGCAUGCUCCCACCAACACCCCCGAGCUGGCACUGUUUGGCGGGGUGGACCACACGGGCAGUAUCACCUCCCCUCACAGAGGACCACUAGCAGGAGGUGUCACUACGUUUGUGGCACUCUACGACUAUGAAUCACGGACUGCCUCGGACCUGACCUUCAAGAAAGGCGAGCGGCUGCAGAUCAUCAACAACACGAGAAAGUACAGCUUCAGGGAAGGGGACUGGUGGCUGGCUCGGUCUCUGACUACCGGAGAAAACGGUUACAUCCCCAGCAACUAUGUGGCCCCCUCUGACUCCAUCCAAGCAGAAGAGUGGUAUUUUGGGAAAAUAACUCGGCGCGACUCAGAGAGGCUCCUUCUGAGUUUACAGAACCGACGAGGCACCUUCCUGGUCCGAGAGAGUGAGACCACCAAGGGAGCCUACUGCCUGUCCGUGUUGGACUACGACAACACCAAAGGUCUCAACGUCAAACACUACAAGAUACGCAAGCUAGACAGCGGUGGCUUCUACAUCACCUCACGCACCCAGUUCAGCAGCCUACAGCAGCUGGUCUACCACUACCACAAGCAUGCAGAUGGGCUGUGCCACUGUCUGACAGAGGUGUGUCCGGUGCUGAAGCCUCAGACCCAGGGCCUGGCCCGCGACGCCUGGGAGAUAUCCCGGGAGUCCCUCCACCUCGACCUCAAACUGGGCCAGGGCUGCUUCGGAGAGGUCUGGAUGGGGACGUGGAACGGUACAACGCGGGUGGCUAUCAAGACCCUGAAGACAGGCACCAUGUCCCCAGAGGCCUUCCUCCAGGAAGCCCAGGUCAUGAAGAAGCUGAGACACGAGAAACUGGUGCAGCUCUACGCCGUGGUGUCUGAGGAACCCAUCUACAUCGUCACUGAGUACAUGAGCCAAGGUAGCCUGUUAGACUUCCUGAAAGGUGACACGGGCAAGUUGCUACGUCUACCCCAGUUAGUGGAUAUGGCAUCUCAGAUUGCAGCAGGGAUGGCAUAUGUAGAGAGAAUGAACUACGUCCACAGAGACCUCAGGGCUGCCAACAUCCUGGUCGGGGACAACCUGGCGUGUAAAGUGGCCGACUUCGGCUUGGCCCGUCUCAUAGAGGACAAUGAGUACACUGCCAGACAGGGAGCCAAGUUCCCCAUUAAGUGGACGGCGCCAGAGGCUGCACUCUACGGACGCUUCACAAUCAAGUCAGAUGUCUGGUCAUUCGGGGUCCUGCUCACUGAACUGGCCACCAAAGGCAGAGUACCAUAUCCAGGCAUGGUGAACCGGGAGGUGUUGGAUCAGGUGGAGCGUGGCUACCGGAUGCCCUGCCCUGCUGACUGCCCAGGCUCCAUGCACGAGCUCAUGCUCACCUGCUGGAGGAAGGACGCCGAGGAACGGCCCACCUUCGAGUACCUGCAGGGCUUCCUGGAAGACUACUUCACCUCCACCGAGCCCCAGUACCAGCCUGGGGAGAACCUAUAGGUCUCAGGGACAUCGGACCCCCCCCCUACUGGACCUCAUGGAUGGACUUGCCCCACCAAUGCCCCCCGCCUAAUGCCCACACCUGCCCAAUGCCCACCAAUGUCACUGCCCACCCCUCACUGCACCCCCCUGCCCACCGCUCACUGCGCCCCUGUAAUGGACAACGGUUAAGGAUGGUUUAGGAGUGGGAAGAAAAGGGGAGCUGAUCCUAGAUCUGUUGUUAUGAGUGAUUUCUAACCUGGAGCUACAGAGACAGGUUUUGUGGGGACUGUCGUAGUGGUUGAGGGUUGGACUGAUGCGAAAGGUGCUUAUCCCAGAUCUGUGGAGGAAAGAUGGUGAGUGUCCUAAGGAGGAGUAGGGUGCAGUUGCCCCUGGACGCUGAUCUUGGGUCAGUUUAGCAUUUUCUCCACUAAUGGUUAAGAUCGGGGGGGAGGGGAAGCUGAUCCUAGAUCUGUAGCUAUGAGAAAUUUCAACCUGAAGUGUCCUAAGGAAGGACGGAGGAUAGUGAGAUGGGCCUGUUUUGACCUCGUCCCCUUCUCAUCAAAGGAUGUGCCCGGAUUCCUUCAAACUUUUCCCAAAGUGUGCACCUGUGCACUACCUGUCAAGCAUUGGAUUAGUGUAAGCAUUGGCUAGACUAGAGGAAGUCUCCCCCAUUGUUGAAAUCCACAAGGGGGAGUUUGCAAGCGGCCCUAGCGCCACAGCAUCUGACCUCUCCACCUCCUCUCCUCUUGCAGGGCACUGCCAACGUAGCACCGGUGCCAAAGGAAUGUCCGUCUAUUUUCCCUCUCUCUUGUAUGUCCAAAAUGGCACCCCAUUACCUACAAAGUGCACUACUUUUGACCAGAGAGAGAGCGAGAGAGCCCUGUCUCU